GCAGCAACAACAACAACAGCGACUGUCGACCGGUUCAACCUAUUCUGACGAAGCUGCUCGUCCUACAUGCAGCUCUCAGCGCAGCUCGAGCCAGAAUAGUACAUCGAAUAAUGAAGGCACUACUGUCAGAACGCAAGCUGCCUUUGUCAAUAAACUAUACAAAAUGUUGGAAGAUCCUAGUAUACAGAAUCUGAUAUCAUGGUCCGAAAAGGGUGAUCUGUUUAGUGUAUCCAAUCCCACCGCCUUUUCGAAAUCAGUCCUACCACAGUACUUUAAACAUAACAACUGGCAAAGUUUCGUUCGUCAAUUAAACAUGUAUGGCUUUCAUAAAGUCAACGACAUGAUUCAUUCCAACUUGACAUCCGACAAUCAGACCUGGGAGUUUAAACAUCCUCAUUUCAAGAAAGGGGAAAUUGAAGAGUUGCAGAAUAUCAAACGAAAGACGACAAAGCCUAACUAUGGUUUAUCAGGGCGUUAUGGAUCACCAUCAGCAGCAGCAGCCGUCCAUGGAGGAUUAGCUGGAAAUGCUCCACCUGGACGGUUUUUCCCGUCAGCAGAAAAUGAAGACGAAUUCUAUAAACCAAUGUAUAAGCACAUCUUAUAUAUUGAAGAUCGUUUGCAUCAUGUUUCAAGGUCAUAUGAAUUGUUAAAGAAUGAAACCAGCUCAUUAAAAGGCCUGUUAUCAAAGCAACAAGAUUUAUUAAGCGAAUUUGCAUUGAUUUUAAACGAUGUUCUUGAAGAAGAUCACAACAAGAGUCAUAGUAAUUCGAAUCCGACGUCAACAAAGAAAGGUAAAAUAAGCGUGUCUAUGAUUCACCUGUGUGUGUGUGUGUGUGUGUGGCGAAUGAAGGAUUCACAACGAUUGAUCACGCAAUUAUUUUUUUUAUGCUUUUUCUGGCCGCGUUGUCAUAGAAACAAUGAUGCACAAGUUGAGUGAAUUAAAGUCCAAAGUAACCUGUCAUCAACGAAAUCACGCCUCCAUAGCAACCAAUAACAAUGAUACCUCAUGUCAGACGUCCUAUUCAUCCUGUUCAACACAGCAUUCUGCCCCAUUACAGCGACAACCAUCCCCUAAGACGAGCCCUUCGUAUUCACGGCGUAAUAGUAGUAGCAGCUCCAAUCUCCAUCAUCACCCCGUGAUUAAAACAGAACCCUCAUACCAACAACUACCCGAUGGACUACCACCACAACCACAACAACAACAAUACCCAAUCGUGGAUGGUUGCUUGCAACCGCAUCAACCUCACGCAUCUUCAUCGUCUGCAGCAGCCACAACUUUUUCUCCGCCUCUUCAGCCUUUAUCUUCAUCCGCAACAUCUUUAG